GCGGUUUUCUGAGAUUCACUCAAGCGUCAACAGUAGCAAGAGUCACUGGUCGUUGAGUUAUCGAAUUUUAUCGAUAAGCCAGACAAGUUUUCGUUUUUCCAGGCAUUUAUUAUUUGCCGAGAAAGGUUGUAAUCCUAAUGAAAUGUAAAAGUUUACUGUUAUUCGGAUUCAAGUCAAGUUUUAGCAUUGUAAAGCUCGUUCGCUAUUAUGGAAGCAAGGCUGCAACGAGUUUGGCUAUUUUGCCCGCUUAAUUUGAUGAUUGCCCUAGUAUUUCUCCUAGCAAACUUAGAUAAUACAAUAGCCUUAAAUAAUGUACAAUCAGUACAGUAUCUUCUAAAGAAAUUCAACACAAGUAGAAGUAAAGAAAGUAUUUUGGAUAGCAAGCAAAGAGCAAGGAAUUUUAUUAGGGAAACGCUGGAUAAGCAAGGAUAUACAACAGAGCUUCAGGAUUUUAGUUAUGAUGGGGGUGAGACAGGAAUCAAUGUGGUYGCAAGAAAGGAUGGAAAAUUUGUCAACACAGUCAAUGACCGUAUUCUUAUUAUUGGAGCUUAUUAUGACACUUAUAAGACUUCUCCUGGGGUUAAUGCCGGUGGAUCUGGUGUAACAGCCAUGUUACAAGUUGCUAGACAGUACUCUGAUAAAGACCGAACCUGUGAACAGAACAARACUAUCAUAUUUGUGGCCUUUGAYCAAUCACAGCAAUGUUUAUGCGGCAACUUCACUUGUUGUUACCAUGGAAGCAAGGCAUUCAUAAAAAAAUUCACACAGCAACUUGGCCAGRACAAAGGAAAUGGUGAAAUCGAAGGUGCURUCRUUCUUGGAAGUAUCAUGAACUUUGAUCAAGGACAGCAAUCUCAAAACUUUUCAAAGGAAUUGAAGAUGGAUGUUGACAGCUCAAUAAGAGAUGUUGUGAGGGCAAUAGAAAGGGAUGGUAACCGUGGGGAUUUCAUUUUGUCUAUUGGCCGUCAAGACGGGGAUACAUAUUUACUYAAUAAGUUCUCRGAGUAUUAUAAUACGGGCAACAGUGCAAGUGGAAAUUUUAAGUUAAGAAAGUUUACGUGGCCACUUCAAGAACAACCUGAGCGACUUGGGCCAAAAGCCAAACGAGCRUACCAAGACUUGUUCAAWGGYGACCAUUACAGUUUCUGGAAUAAUGAUCCAAUGGUGAAAUCAAUAUUCCUGACAGAUACAGCAAAUUUACGAGGCUACAUGAAGUACUGUUUCCGUAAUGCAUGUGAUGAUUACAGCCAUUUGAAUUUAUUGAGAGKGCRGUUUAUAGCAAAUAUUGUGGACACMGUAGCCAUGAUGGCSAAGAAUCUAACUGGCCUUGGAGAGUGUAAAACAACAUUCUUGGGAAAUAUUACUGAGAAAUUAUUUGGUGUAUCUGGAGAAAUCAAGUCACCUGGUUUUCCUGACCGCUAUCCUAACGGAGCAGACAGCGUGUGGUACAUAACGGUGCCUGUCAAGUACUCAUCUGUCAAAAUUACAUUUCCUGAAUUUGAAUUGGAGGAAAGCGAAUGUACAAACGACUAUGUGGAAGUCUUUGAUGGAUUCCAAACCAAACAAUCAAUAGGUCAUUACUGUACAAAGCCUCCUAACGAGAUUAAAACAAAAAGUAGAUAUAUGAAGGUCGUGUUCAGGUCUGAUGCCUAUGAUACAUACAAGGGCUUCAGAGCAAAGUGGGCAGCGCAAGGAACAUCACUGAGAGGUGUAUCACUAGGUCUUCUGUCUAUUAUAUCUUUUCUGGUUUAUAUAUGGACUUAAAUCAAGCUGAUAUAGUGUGGAUUUAGUAAUACUACAAUGUGUAGAGGCAUCAUUACUGGCAAUAUACAGUAAAAUAUUGUCUGCAGUCUUCCUUUUGUUGUAGAGGAAAUCGGCUUUUUAUUACAGACAUUGAAGAUAAUUCUCUUAAAAAAUUACCAUGAUCCAUGACCGUGAUAAGUGAAUGAUGUCGUCAGAGGCAGUAGUUUAAGGUGACAUAGGAUCCAGAUUGAAUGUGUCUUCUAAGCAACAGUUUUUUAGCAAAUUUAAUAACUCAUUGGCAAUAAUAAGAAUAAGCAGUUGAAAAUUCAUGUAUCCCAGACAUAAAAAAAUCUAAUGAAAGGCUAAUUAACUUGCAUGUAUAUAAUUGUUGUACAAAGCUUGUGAAAUCAUUACCAUUUUAGUGAUGUUAUUUAACAAAAUGGUGGCUACUAGCGGUAAACUAGUGUGAGCAGUGCUCAUCGGUGUUUCUAAAGAAACAUUUUUGUAAAAAGAUAAAUUUAACACCGUAAAAAGGAGUUGUUUUACCUACUUUUUUACAGUAUUAGAUUUAUCUUUUUACACAACUGUUUAUUUAACAAAAAACAGUUAGUACUAUUAGAAGAAAAAACCUGCCACAAACUUUUUCAUGUGUUAAAUAGAAUCACCUUUAAGAUGCUGGAUCGGGCAAGUCAAGUGAGCUUUAAUCCCGAGCUAUGGCCGUGGGUUUCUAUAAUUUAAYUGGUUAAUCUUAAUACCUUAGCUCUAAGGAACUCAUAUCUCUGAGUGAUAUUCGAAUGUCAAGAAAUUUUAUCAUUUUUGUAAAGUCUUUUUAAACUAUUGUAUGUACAAUAAACAGUAAUGUUUAUGAUAUUUCUUAUUAAAUGUAAACAGUGUUGUAGUCCUAGAAAUAUAUAAUAUUUUUGUAACCUUUUUGUGUAUAGAAAGAUUUAAUAUCAGUAGUCCAUAAAAUAUCAUAAUUCUUUAAUUCAUUAUUUUUCAAGCUAGUCUAUUCACAUUAUAAAUAUGUUUAUUUAAUUAUAGACAAUACAAUUUCAUUUAGUAACUGAUUAUACCAGAAACACCUAYCUAAUUUGAUAUGCUAUUUGACAGUAGUAUUGGGUAAAAAGUUUGAAAUUGUAUAAAAAAUCUAGUGCAUGUGUAUUUUCAAUAAAUUGUCUAAUAAUAAUUGACUAA